GUUUUAGUCGUGUUUAUGACGUAUUAUUUAUGAGACAAGUUGUAGUUUUUGAACACCGGGUGUUGCAGUCGUGGAGAACAUCACGGCAGUCCUUUUUAAAGGUUGUCAGUCGAUAAAAUAAGGCGCAGAAUGUCUGGUGCGGCUUUACGUUUGAUCCGCUGUCGAAGACUGAGCACAGCUGGGCCGCCUGGAGUGAGGAAAGUGCUUCAGUGGAAAAAUAUAAAGAAGGUUGCGAAAGUAACUGGUGCCAUUGUGUCGGGGGGCUGUCUUUUUAUCACUUAUGAAGUGGCGGCCUUGGACAAGGCUGUGACCAUUGACACUAGUGCAAUUCUUCAGGAGAAGUACAAGUCUUACAUCUAUCUGAGAGCCACUCCUUCAGAUGAAAAGGACAAUCUUACUGCAGGGCUCACACACAAAGCAAGAAGGGAACUUCAUAAAGCAGCAAGGCGGUUUCUGGAAAUGUCAUCACGGGUUUUGCUGCAAUCACUAGACGAGCACUUCAGCCAUGUAGAUGCAGACCCACAUGAGGUGGCGUUAUGGGUCCUACUGAAGAGGACACAGUCACCCAAUAAAGCCAUCAGACUACAGGCUGUUCAGGAGCUUGCAGAAAAUCACCACUGGCACGACUACCAGUACCAGACAGCAGCCCAGGUGAUAAACCAGCAAACAGCAGUGGGCCUGGCCCGAACUCCUCAGGUAGACCUUCGAUUCUUCCUGCGCUCACCUGCACUUCCUGACCUGCAGGAUGGUUUGUCUGCAGAGGAUGGACUGAGGCAGCUGCUGGCGUCUCUGCCUCAGUCUGAGGUGGACAAAUGCGUUCAGUACUUCACCUCACUGGCCCUCAGAGAGAGCACCCAGUCAUUGGCAGCACAACGGGGUGGUCUGUGGUGUUUUGGAGGUAAUGGGCUGCCUUAUGCCCAGAGCCUUACCUCUGUUCCCUCUGAGAAGGUGGAAUCCUUCUGCCUACAGGCACUGGUACAACACUCAAAGGUCCAGAGCCACUGUGACCAUAUAGUUUCCAACGGGGGCCUGCAACUCCUCCAGAGAGUUUAUCAGCUUCGUAGAGACUCCCUGAAGAUACAGAGGAACAUUGUUCGAAUCAUAGGAAAUUUGGCACUCAAUGAGAGCGUUCACCAGGCCAUAUCCCAGUCUGGCUGGGUAUCCGUCCUGGCUGAGAUGAUGCAGUCUCCUCAUGUCAUGCAGGCGUCUCAUGCAGCCCGCGCUCUGGCCAACCUGGAUAGGGAGACAGUGAAAGAGAAAUACCAAGAUGGUGUCUAUAUCCUCCACCCACAAACACGUGGCAACCAGCCAAUAAAAGCAGACGUACUUUUCAUCCAUGGGAUCCUCGGGGCAGCUUUUAAGACGUGGAGGCAGAAAGAUCGCACCAUUUCAGAGGAAGAGAAGGCAGAAAGCAUGGAUGACUACACAGAGUGCUGGCCAAAGUCGUGGUUGGCUGCUGACUGUCCAAAUCUGAGGGUACUAUCAGUGGAGUAUGACAGUCACCUCAGUGACUGGGUGGCCAAGUGUCCCGUUGAGAACCAGAGGAAGUCUUUGGCCUACAGAAGUCGAGAGCUGCUAAACAAGUUAAAGCUGGCUGGAGUUGGAGAGAGGCCUGUGGUCUGGGUAGCCCACAGUAUGGGAGGAUUGCUUGUAAAGAAAAUGCUACUGGAUGCCUCAGAGGACCCAGACAUGCAAGAACUGUUGAAGAACACGAAGGGCAUCAUGUUCUACAGUGUUCCUCACCAUGGCACCUUUAUGGCAGAGUACUCUGUUAACGUCAGAUAUCUCCUCUUUCCCUCUAUUGAAGUCAGAGAACUGUGUAAAGACUCACCGGCACUUCGCAACCUGAAUGAGAACUUUCUGAACAUGGCUAAAGAAAAAGAGUUCAAGGUGCUGAGCUUUGCAGAGACGCUGCCAACAACCAUUGGUCCCAUGAUCAAGAUACUGGUGGUGCCAGCACAGUCAGCAAAUCUCGGCAUCGGGGACCUCAUUGAGGUGGAUGUAGAUCAUCUGAACAUUUGCAAACCGGAGAAGAAGGACUCAUUUCUGUACAAGCGCAGCCUCCAAUUCAUUGUGGAAGCACUGCAGAGCUACAUAAGCCACUGACUGAAAUAUAAAAUACACUGAUAAAAACCUCAGUUUUACUUGAAAUAGGGGAGAGCACCGAAACUCACCCCUCCUCCCCUAAACCAAAUGUAAACCUAACUGCCUCUCUUUGUUGCACAUUUACAUCAACAACCACUAAUGUGAUCGUAGUGUAAUCAGGAAAAUUAAAUAUGUUUUACACAUUGACUUCUCUGGAGAGUUGUCAGUUGUAAUAAAAAAAAACUUGGAUGCUAUUUUGUUCUCCUCGUCAUCCACCUAGAUUGGUCUCUCUCACUAGUGAGUCAGAAUUUUAAAGACCAUUGAUUUUUUUAAAGAACAUAACUUUGUUCAGAUCAUGAUAAUGUAGAUUUUAUUUUUUGGACAGUUUGUUCCAUUUUGUCUUUGACUUACCAUGUUGUACAUUUAACAUAAUAUGGUACAUCAUUAACAUUUGCUUAAAUAUGCACUGAUGCACUCAUGCUCUUGAGUAUUUUUGACCAGAGUGGGUUAAAAUUUUACUUUUUUAAUUUAUUUUUAUUCCUACUACAGUAUGAAAGUCUUGUUGUUUGCCAAACAUAUUCCUUCCUGAACCUAACCGAAAAAUGAUCCUCUAUUAACAUUAGUUCAGGUUGCUUUGUUUGUAUAAGACUAAUCAAGAAUUUUGUUUUAAAUCUUGAUCUUGUCUUUGUAGUCCAAACUGCCACAAACAAUGCUGAUAGUGAAUAAAUGUAAGAAGUUUGGUGUACUUGUCUGUGCUCUCUAUCAUUGUCAUUCGAAAGCCAUUUUGCAAACCAUAUCUUU